CAUGUGUGACAAACUGGGGCCGCCCAAAUAAAUAGGACCAGCUGGCUUCCAAAACAAGCAGUACAACUUUUGCUCCUGGUCUGGCGAGUUGAUUGUACCCAAUUUAGCACCAUGGUUAAAGCAAGGAAGUGGAUUAUUGCCAAAAACUUUGAGGGAGCGCCCAAGGAGAGCAAUUUCAAACUUGUCGAAGAGGAACUUCCCGCUAUAAAGAAUGGAGAAAUUUUGCUGGAGGCUCUGUAUUUCAGUGUUGAUCCUUAUAUGAGAGCUUUUGAUCUCUCUGGCUUGAUUGGACAGCGAAUGGUUGGGUCUCAAGUCGCAAAGGUUUUGGAAAGUAAGCACCAAGGCUAUAAACCUGGUGACUUGGUGAUGGGGUACUUUGGGUGGCAGAGCCACUCAGUGCACCAUGGAGACGAGCCGUGCAGUCUUGGGCUUGACUCCAAAAUCAAGCCCUACGUUAUGCCUGAUUUCCAAGGUUUAAGUCCAUCGCUGGGACUUGGUGUCCUGGGAAUGCCAGGAAACACGUCAUAUUUUGGAUUCCUUGAAAUCUGCCAGCCUAAAGCAGGCGAAACUGUGGUGGUCAAUGCUGCUGCUGGCGCGGUUGGAAUGCACGUCGGACAAAUUGCCAAGAUCAAGGGUUGCAAAGUAAUCGGAUUCGCCGGGUCUGAUGACAAAGUAGACUGGCUGAAGAAGGAGAUUGGCUUUGAUGCAGCUUACAAUUACAAGAAAGUCGACAUUGACGCGGCUUUGGCUGAGGCAGCACCAAAUGGAGUUGACUGCUACUUUGAUAAUGUUGGUGGAGAAAUGAGUUCAACUGUUAUCAACAGAAUGAACCAUUUUGGCAGAAUUUCUAUUUGCGGUGCGAUUUCUGCCUACAAUGAUACAGAAAAACCAAAAGCCACAAUCAUCCAGGGUGCGAUGAACAGAAGUGAGCUGAAAAUGGAAGGUUUCAUGGUGUACAGGUGGGAAGACAGGUGGCUCGAGGGCAUCAAGCAGAACAUCGCUUGGAUCAAAGAGGGAAAACUGAAGUACCAGGAAACAGUAACCAAAGGAUUCGAGAACAUUCCUAAAGCUUUCAUUGAAAUGAUGGAGGGCAAGAACUUUGGAAAGGCAGUUAUUAAAGCUUGAAACAUUUAAACAAAAUGUAUUUUUACCAUUAAUAAAGCAUUUGUUUACUGAUUUAUAUAAAAA